AUGUCCUCAUUGAAUACAUAUUUAUAUCAAAUUGCUUGUCCAAUUUUAAUGAUUCUGGGUACAGUUGGUUGUAUUAUCAAUAUAGUUGUCUUUCGUCGAAAAAAUUUACGUAAAAAUCCAUGUUCAAUUUAUUUUAUUGCAUAUAAUAUUGCUAAUUUUAUGUAUAUUUAUUCUUCAUUAUUAUCUUCAACACUGAGUAUUGGAUAUAACAUUGAUUAUAGUAUAUACAGCAUAGUUAUUUGUCGUUUACGUUUCUAUGCAAUACUUAUAUUCAGUGUUUUAAGUCCGUUUUACUUAGUUUUAGCAUCGGUUGAUCGUGUUUUUAUUACUUCACCAAAUGCUCUUACACGACAACGCAGUACUUGUCGUCUUGCUUAUAUAUGUAUUGGAAUUGGUACAUUAUUUUGGACAUUAUCUUAUAGUCAUGCAUUAAUAUUCACAGAUAUUGUUCAACUAGGUCCAAAUUUUAUUAUGUGUACACCUCCGCCAGGUGCAUAUUAUAUAUUUACAACUUACUUUGAAAUUAUUAAAGAAAUUACAGUUAUUUCAUUAAUGUUAAUAUUUGGAAUAAUAUAUAUAAAAAAUAUACAAAAUCUUGGUCGUAUUCAAGCUACUGGUGAUAUAUCAGCUGUUAGAACCAUGCCAAAACAUAAUUCAAAUUCUUUUUCUCGAAAAGAUCGACAAUGGAUUUUAAUGUUAUUUAUGGAAAUUACUAUCUAUGGUUUAUGUAGUAGUCCAUUUGCAAUGUAUCUUAUAUAUGCGCAAAUUACACAAAAUCAAAUAAAAACUAAUGAAAGAUUAGGAUUGGAAAACAUGAUUUCAUUUAUAUUUAUAUUUACUGCUGCAAUUCCAUUUUGUACUGCUUGUUAUACUAAUUUAAUUGUAUCGAAAACAUUUCGAACAGAAGUGAAGAAAAUAUUUAAUACUCGUUGA